UUGCAGAGGCCUUGUUAAAAAUGAAAGAAGCAAGCUGAUUGGUUGCUAUGGGAAACUCUGCAACUUUUCCUCUGGAUAGAUUUUGAUAAAUCUCCCCCAAUAUCUUGAGGGGCAGUGACUAGAAUUCUAAAGCUAUACUCUACCAAGCUAAAGCCAAGUGUCUGCAUUGUAUUCAACUGCAUCAGGAGUAAUGUCACAGUUGUUCACCAAAACCCUGGCUACAGAAGUCUCAUUCCUGGCCUCUGUGUAAGGAACCUACUUCAUUUUAAAAGUACAUUAUAGGGUUUACAAAGGGGCUCUGGGUUACACCACUUAACCACAUGACAUAUCAGGGACUACUACCCUCAUCAUACCAACCCACUCUUACAGCUCUCCUGACUCAACAUUUCUACCUAGAUUAUAGGGUUAAUAGACAGCUCUCAGCCGCAGGUUGUGUAAUGUCCUAUCUGCUGGAACGUGCCCUAUAAAAUACACUUUGAGUUCCCUUUUUGUAUAUCUAGAAGCCAUGGCGUCUGCUGAUCUUAGAGGCGAGCUGCAUCGCUCCAUUUGUAAGGCAGAUAAUGUAGGAAAAUGUUUACUGUCUACUCAGCCACAUCAGAAGAAGAUCAUCUAUUGCACUUACUGUGUGGACUCUCCUGUACCUGCUGUGAGAUCCUGUCUAAAGUGUGAGGCUUCUCUGUGUAAUAAACACCUGAAAGUUCACAGCAAGGGACUAGAUCACGUCCUGAUUGAUCCCUGCAGUUCCCUGAAAAACAGGAAAUGCUCCUUCCAUAAGGAACUUUUAAGGUACUAUUGUACUAAGGAUGGUAUCUGUAUCUGUGUGUCCUGCAGUCUGAUUGGAAAACACAAAACACAUGAAAUGGAGUCUCUAGAUGUGGCCUCUGAGAAGAAGAAGAAGAAGCUGAGAAAUGUUCUGCAGAAUCUGAUCACAAAGAGAGAGAAGACUGAGGAAAGAGUCCGGUGUCUGGAGGAACGCUGGAGAAAAGCUCAAGAAAAAUCAUCUGGAGAAGCGGAGAGAGUCACUGCCCUGUUUAUAGACAUCAGGAGACGGCUGGAUGACCUGGAGAAGAGGAUCCUGAGUGAGAUCUCCAGGCAGGAGGAGAAGAUGUCACUGUCUGAUGUCAUCCAGAAGCUGGAGAUAAAGAAGGACGAGCUGUCCAGGAAGAUGAGGGACAUUGAGGAGCUGUGUAACAUGACGGAUCCACUGACUGUCUUACAGGAUCCAUACACAGGUGACUUGUGUGAUCCUGAGGAGGGGGGAGGUGAUGAGGACACAGGGGGACAUGAUACCACACAUGAUGUGGAUGUGAUUACAGGGAUGUUACAUGCCGGUUUCUCUGAUAUAGUGACAUAUCUACAGACCAUCGCACCCCCCAAACCAAAGAGGCUACAGCCCCCCAGCAUCCCAUCUCUGCCCAGUCAUACACAAGCUUCACCUGUGUCAGGUCCACAAUAUGGGGGCGAUGGUGUAAUAGUCAGGACUGGGGGGGAGGGGGCAGCUGCAGGAGAGGGAGAGGUCUAUGGGCAGGGUCCUGCAGACAUAUUACUGGAUGUAAACACAGCUGGUAACAAUCUCCUUAUAUCAGACGACAUGAAAACUGCAACCUGGACAAAUGCAAAGCAGAAUCGUCCAGAAACAGCAGAGAGAUUCCAGAAGGAUCAGGUGAUGAGCAGCGGGAGAUUCUCCUCAGGACGACAUUACUGGGAUGUGGAGGUCAUUGAGGCAGAGCAGUGGAUGGUGGGGAUGUGUUAUCCCAGUAUAGACAGGAGGGGACGUCAGUCAGGUAUUGGAAAUAAUAACAAGUCCUGGUGUUUAUAUGGAGGGGAGUUUUAUAAUGAACAGUAUAUGGUGGCACAUGACAGUAAAGGUAUCAAGUUACCUCACGAGAUCUCCAGUGAUAGAUUCAGGAUCUGUCUGGAUUAUGAGGCCGGGCAGCUGUCCUUUUAUGAGCUGUGUGACCCCAUCAGACACUUACACACCUUCACCAUCACCUUCACCGAACCCCUUCAUGCUGUAUUAUGGGUAUUGGGGGGUUCUAUAACGAUAUCAGGGGAAGGAGCAGCUGUGAGGAGCCAUAAUCAUAGAGGAAAUCUGUCCAAAUCUGUCUGAUUGCGGGGGGGUCCCAGCAGUCAGACCCCCUACGAUCAGACACUUAUCAUACACAGUGCUGUAGCUCUCCACGCAUAUGGAGUGGGGGUCGACACGCAUCCUUCAUUUAUCUCUAUAGGAAAGUUGGAGAUACCUGAUUACAGCCUUUGGGACUAUUAACCCUUAGAGGACACAGGACAUACCUGUAUCCUUUGGCUGCCCGACACUUGGCACACCAAGAUGAACAUGUAUGUCCUGAGUCCUGUCUCCGCUAUAAGGGGAGCUCACUUCAUAGACCCUGCUAUCAGUAGCUGUUGAGCCGCCAGUAAUGGCGGACAUCAGAGAUCACACUGUUACCCACUAAUAACCCUUCAGAUGCCAUGAUCAAUACUGAUCAUGGCAUCUGAAGUAUAAAAGGAAUGGGGUUCAAAGAGUAAAGAUGGCCGCUGAAGCUCCUCUCACCUGAACA